AUGGCACCUUCUCCUCCCCCCGCUUUCCCACAAUUGCCGUUCUCCGAUGCGUACGCCUCGUGGAUCGAGAAUCGGGUCAAGCGGCACGUUGACGAACGCCGGACGCAGGACGAAAUCAAAACAGCAGCCGACAAACUCGAGAUGGAGAACCGGCCCGAAGCUUUACCGGAAGCCAUGUCUCGCAUAACGAAGCGCGCUGCUGAGCUUGAAGAACUACAAAUGAAUUUAGACGAUCACCUGGAGUGCGUGCAGUUUGCAAAAUUAGGAAAGUUCUGCGACGUGGAUGUCCUGGACGUUGAUGCAGAAAACAGCAACACGGCGUACGUUUGGAUUCCGCAGGGCGUGGUAAAGGCGCCGCCGGACAACAGCGCCGUUUCUGAUGUUCCAGUUACCAGCCCUACACCACCGAGCUUGUCGUGGCAGACACAGGAACAGCUAGAAGUUUGGCAGGAGUGUCGGCAAAUUGAGACGGACGUUGACGACGAUGGGUUAGAGAUUGAGGGUGCCGAAUUGAGGGAAGAAAAGCGCAUUCGCUUGCUUCCUCGUGGAAAGUUUCGCGCAAAGUUGCCAGGCCUGCAGAACCUCAAUGGGGUUCGCCAGAGCAUUGCGCAAGACCAAUUGCGCAUGUGGAUGGCUAGCCUCUCGCGGCGAACCGGGCUAUUGCCGGCAUCUUCGAGGAAUCUUGAUCUUCCACCUGAGCUGUUUCGCGUGAUUGCGUCCUUUUUGCAUCCCUUCGCGGACGUCCUGAAAUCGCCCACCUACUAUGCCGCCAUCGCGCUGCGGCGCCGUUUCCGUGACCUCGAAAAACUGCUCGAUGCUGGCUUGCGUCACCAACUUGACCGCAUUGCUGAAGACCCCUCGUCGCAGAGCGCCGCAAAUGGUAUGAUCAGGGGGCGCUUCACUUGGGAAUUCAACCCGGACGACCAAAUCGAGAAACGGGUAUCAAUCAAGCUCGGACCCGUGGCUUUCAUGAUGCAGGGAUCACUGCCGUGGCCGAAUCGAUGCGAGGCGCAAAUCGUCAAUAGUCCCGCAUGGACCGAGACGCGCAAUGAGGAACUCGAGUCCACGAAUGGAGCGGAAUCCCGCCAGCGCUUAGUACGGCUUUCUGCCGAGCACGCCAAGUAUUCAAGCUUCGUCAUCGUGUUACGGGAGUUUUUCCGCCGGAGGGGCCUGAAAUUUUUGCAGCAUUCUUCACAACCCCGGGAAUUUAGAUUAUCUUGGUACAGUGCCGCCCCAACCGCGUCAGCAGCCUGA